AUGAGAUCGUGUGCGGUCAACGCAGUGCGGAAGACGCCAGAACAUUCAGGUGAAGAGGACAUGGUUGCAGAGGAGGCUAUGACACCAAAAGACAAUCAUGAGAUAAAUGAUCCGCUACAAGGACAGUCCAACCGUCACCCAGACGGGAUCAAGGUUGAAUAUCGGGAGGUGCAUGUCCAGUCUACACGACUGGAUGAUGACGUGAAAGCUGUUACGAACGACGGCGAAGUGAUGCAAAAUGAUGAACCGGAUGAAUCAACAUACUACCACAAGUGA